AUGUUGACCCUUCCUCUCGUUGCCCUCUCCUUUGCUGCCACCGUUCCCCUGGUGAGCGCAUACCCCAUCAAUGGCGAUGAUGUCCACUGCCGCUCUGGCCCCGGCACCAACUAUGCCGUGGUAAAGUCCUACCCCAGGGGCCAUGAUGUCUCCAUUGUCUGCCAAGCUCCCGGCACCGACAUCAAGGGCGAUCAGCUCUGGGACAAGACCUCCGACGGCUGCUACGUCUCCGAUUACUAUGUGAAGACCGGUUCCUCCAACUAUGUCACCAAGCACUGCGAUGGCGGCAGCGGUGGUGGCAGCGGCGGCGGCAGCAGCGGCAGUCUCCCCGGUCUCGAUGCCACUCAGUCCGCUCACGCCCACAAGAUCAUCGAUGAGGCAAAGAAGGAAGGCCUGGGCCGUCAGGGCUGCCUGGCUGGUAUUGCAACUGGCUUGGUCGAGUCCGACCUCUUGAUGUACGCCAACAGCAAGGUCCCCGCGUCCCUCAACUACCCCCAUGAUAAAGUCGGCCACGACUACGACAGCGUCGGCAUCUUCCAGCAGCGUGCUGUCUACUACCCCGACAUCGCUGCUGACAUGGACGCUGCCCGCUCUGCCGCUCAGUUCUUUGCCAAGAUGAAGAACAUCAGCGGCUGGAAGACCAUGGAUGUUGGCAGGCUUUGCCAGAAGGUCCAGGUCUCGGCCUAUCCUGAUCGCUAUGCGGAGCGUGUGCCUGCUGCUGAGAAGAUCUGCGCCGCUGGUGGAUUGUAA